UCCCGACUCCCCGUUCCUGGGGAGGGGAGUCACCCCCACCCCCACCCCCGGGCCAUUCCCGGUGUUCCCCCCAGAGCCAAGUUAUUGAUCAGUUCGCCGGCGAAGUUCGUGCAAUGCCCCGCGGUGGCAGGGAGCGAGCCCGGUUCGGGGCAUAAAAUAAGCUUUUCUUUCCCCAUUUCCCAGCGUCUCUCCUUCCCGGGGCUUAUCCCUGUCCGAAACCCUGGUGUGAAUUGUGUGUUGCAUCAAUUGGAGGGGCUCGCACGGGUUGAUGCGGUGUGUGCUGUUUUCUUGGUGGAGGAUUUAAGUCCUGAAAUAUGUGUCUUGUUAUUGUUGUACCCUCGAAAGGGUUAAAAUUUAUCGUGUUGUUCCAGGUGAAUUUAAUCUUUCAUCACCGAAUUUCCUUUUAAGGCAGCUUGACAGAAUAAAAGUCUCUCCCUCGCUUGUCUUUAUCCCCAGAACAGCAAAACUUUGUCUGUGCUUUAUGGCAGGGGCUGGUUGCUGCAGAUGACACCAUCACCCUUCUGUGGCAAGAGGCACCCGAAAGGAAAACUUCUGCAUAUCAAUGCACUGCCAAUGGUGGUGUAAUACCAAGGGCUGUACUGCUGCCACAUCACAAUUUUGUGGGGUUUCAGAGAGUAGUUCUGGGUUGUGUCCUUUGUUGUGACCUCAUGGUUUAACUGGGAAUAAAGAUGAGUAUAAGCAGUGAUGAGGUUAACUUCCUGGUAUAUAGAUACUUGCAAGAGUCAGGGUUUUCCCAUUCAGCAUUUACCUUUGGUAUAGAGAGCCAUAUCAGCCAGUCUAACAUAAAUGGUGCUCUGGUGCCACCAGCUGCUUUGAUUUCCAUCAUCCAGAAAGGUCUGCAGUAUGUAGAGGCAGAAGUCAGUAUUAAUGAGGAUGGUACCUUGUUUGAUGGUAGGCCGAUAGAGUCUCUCUCACUGAUAGAUGCAGUGAUGCCUGAUGUGGUACAGACAAGACAACAGGCCUACAGAGACAAACUUGCACAACAGCAGGCAGCAGCUGCUGCAGCUGCAGCUGCCACCAACCAACAGGGAUCAGCGAAAAAUGGAGAAAAUACUGCAAAUGGAGAGGAGAAUGGAGCACACACUAUAGCAAAUAAUCACACAGAUAUGAUGGAAGUAGAUGGAGAUGUGGAAAUCCCUCCCAACAAGGCAGUGGUGCUGCGUGGCCACGAGUCUGAAGUGUUCAUCUGUGCCUGGAAUCCCGUUAGUGACCUUUUGGCCUCAGGGUCGGGCGAUUCAACGGCGCGGAUAUGGAACCUGAGCGAGAACAGCACGAGCGGCUCCACGCAGCUGGUGCUGCGGCACUGCAUCCGCGAGGGGGGCCAGGACGUGCCCAGCAACAAGGACGUCACCUCGCUGGACUGGAACAGUGAAGGUACACUUCUAGCAACUGGGUCUUAUGAUGGCUUUGCAAGGAUAUGGACUAAAGAUGGUAAUCUUGCCAGCACCUUAGGGCAACAUAAAGGUCCUAUAUUUGCGUUAAAAUGGAACAAGAAAGGAAACUUCAUUUUAAGUGCAGGAGUGGACAAGACCACAAUUAUUUGGGAUGCCCACACUGGCGAAGCCAAGCAGCAGUUUCCUUUUCAUUCUGCACCAGCAUUAGAUGUUGAUUGGCAGAGUAACAACACAUUUGCCUCGUGCAGUACAGACAUGUGUAUUCACGUUUGUAAACUAGGACAAGAUAGGCCCAUCAAAACCUUCCAGGGUCACACAAAUGAAGUAAAUGCAAUCAAAUGGGAUCCAACUGGUAAUCUGCUGGCAUCCUGCUCUGAUGACAUGACUCUAAAGAUCUGGAGUAUGAAACAAGACAGUUGUGUCCAUGAUUUACAAGCACACAACAAAGAAAUUUAUACUAUCAAAUGGAGUCCUACAGGACCAGGAACAAAUAAUCCAAAUGCCAAUCUUAUGUUAGCAAGUGCAUCCUUUGAUUCUACUGUUAGGUUAUGGGAUGUAGACAGAGGAAUUUGUAUUCAUACUCUGACAAAACAUCAAGAACCUGUGUAUAGUGUAGCUUUCAGUCCUGAUGGCAGGUACCUGGCCAGUGGCUCCUUUGAUAAAUGUGUACACAUCUGGAAUACACAGACAGGUGCCCUAGUUCACAGUUAUCGGGGAACAGGAGGGAUUUUUGAGGUUUGCUGGAAUGCAGCAGGAGACAAAGUUGGAGCAAGUGCUUCAGAUGGUUCAGUUUGUGUACUAGACCUCCGGAAAUAGCGCUCUUAGUUGGAAGCCAUGGACCGACUAUGAAUGUGUACAUAGCCAAAAUGACUGUCCCUGACCCAUGUACUGCUAUAGUCCCAAUCGAACCAUGGCCAGUCCACUACAGCCAAAUGUAAAAGAAAUAUAUACAUAUACUGUAUAUAAAAAGAAAAAAAAAAAAAAAAGGAGAAAAAAAAAAAGAGGAGAAAGAAAAAAAAAAAAAUUUACACCCUGAAGAGGAUGACAGAGUUUUGUCACAGCUUGUGAAUCCUGUUCACCAAGUGCUGGAAUCUGCUGUGCCCCAAAAUAACAUUUAAAGGUUUUUGGAUAUGAAAAACAGAAGAGAGCGAGAGAGAGAGAAAUAUACCAUAUACAAGAGCAGACCCAUAUACAUACCAAAAUCAGAAGAUACUAAUGGCAGCCUUCAUUACCCCUUCCCCCAUGAAAUCCAUUCUCACGUGGAUUUGUGGGGUAUUUUUGUUUUCCUUCUCAGUAGUUGAGCAGUUUGUGUGUACAGAGAAAAUGGACUUACAGAAAUCUGCAGCAGUAGUUUUUUUUUCUUUGCUUUUAAACAUUGGGUUUUCUGUUUUGUUUUGGUUAAGUUUACGGAUGCAUGAAGUAAGGGAGUGAUUUAGUUUCUUGUUUAUAUUUUUUCACCUUGAAAGAAAAAAAAAAAAAAGGCGUUUCUUUGAAACAUGUUUUGAUGCAUUCUUUGAAGAGGUAGUUUGAACCUGAUAAUGUUUGGUACAUUUUGUGGCUCCCAGAGCACAAUUUUGUGAACAGAGGGAGGGUGGAAAAGGGAUUAGGGAGAGAGAAGAAAAAAAAAAAAUCCUUUGCAGCGUGAUAUUCCACGUCCUUCUCAUCUACAAAGCAGGAUGGAAAUGGGUAUAAUGCUAUGUUUGAUUUUCUGGUGACAUGGCUGAAAUGCAGUAGUUUCUUAUUUGGGACAUAAUUCUGCCAAACGUAAGAACAGAAGGGCACAAAAACACAGGAAAAAGAAAACAAACAGGGAUGCAAAAAAAAAAGGAGAAAAAAUAGAGGAAAAAUGCAUCUUCUGUUGCUUUAAGACCAUAGCUAAAAUAUGGUUAAAUUGUGCACUAUUGUGAAAAGGAGCAAAGUAUAGCUGGGGGAUUUGAUUUAAGAGGUUAAGAUCUUUCUGGACAAGGGUUCAUGCCACAGCUUCUUUGAGAGUUGCCCAUCAUUAUUUGUAGGAGCUUAGAUGUAUAAUUGUAACCAAACUCCAGUAUUAAAAGUAUUUCAUGUAAUUUUUCUUUAUUAAAAUUAAAUCUUUGGCAUAUAUUUGAUAACACUGCCAUUAAGAGGCAAAAUGUUUACUACCUUAGAUUUUAAAAAAAAGAUCUUAAACAGAGGACUUGCUUCAAGUUUAUUUUAAUAGCAGUGAUUCAGCUUAUUUAAAAGAUGAAUACUUGCACUAAUUCCCCUGCUGCUCCAGUCCUGCAGUUUAUUGUAUCUUGUGACUACAUUUUUUUCCAAAUAUAGGGUAGAUGUAAGCUGCUAUUUUUUUAAUAAUCACUACUAUAUAGUGUCUUUUACUCUGUUUACAAUAUCAAGUAUUUUUCUUACAAUGACAGAUGUAUAUGGCAAACCUUUUUCUGCUCAUGUGAUUAAAAGUAUACUAAUAGUGAUUUUAUUUGUAAA